AAUGUUGUAUGCGGUUUUGGAAGACAUGUUGAAAAACAGAGGAAAGUUGUGAAAUAUUCUUUGAAAAACAACGUAAAUAGUAAAGAGGCGACACUAAAGAUUAAAAUGUGUACUGGUUUUGUUGGAAGUAUAGUGUCCUUGGACUGUGGUGAGACCCUGGGUACUUACCAAGGUCUGGUCUCUAAGAUUGAUGAAUCAACUCAGAUGGUUUCAAUCACUCAGGCCUACAGAAAUGGUGUUAAGUGUGAUGUACAAGGCAUUACAAUCAGCGGCAGUGAUAUAAAGGAGUUAAAAAUCAUCAAAAACAAGGAAGAGGCAGUUUUAAAAGAAGCCACACCAUCCAAGCUUUUAACAGUUAGUUAUAACUCAGAAUGUCCUUCUCCUGUUAAAGUAUGCAGUUUGGAAACAUUCAUAUUCCCACAAGACAAUGGUCCCAAUGUGCAAAAUAGUGCUCAAAGAAAUGGACAUAGAAAAAAUGGCUAUAAACAAACAUCAAACGGACAGAGAAUUUCUCCUCCAAAUGGACAAAGAAUAUCUCCUUCGAACGGACUAAGAGUUUCUCCUCCAAAUGGCCAAAGAAUUUCUCCUCCAAAUGGACAGAGAAUUUCUCCUCAAAAUACUCAAAGACUAUCUCCCCCUAGUGUUGGUUACAAUAAUAGACAAUCACCAGCGACUGGUCAAUAUCAGCAAAGAUAUUCUCCCAAUGAAUUUAUUAAUGGUAACGGCAACAGGAGGUCUCCUCCUAAUGUUAAUGGUAAAUACAAAGCCAGAUAUUCACCAAAUAACAUUCUUCAGGAGAGAAAUCAUACACCAACAUAUGAUAAUGGACGAGAAAGUUACACACCUACAAAAGAGGACCAAGCAAUGAGACCUCGUCUCAAUUCUGCCACUGAAAAUCGGAACAAGAAACAAUCAACUCCAAGAAAGAUAGACUUCCGUAAAAGAUCACAGUCCAGGGAUGAUUGUUGUUUUAGUGCUCCAACACAGUCUUGCAUGGAUGAAUUUGAUUUUGAAAAAAAUUUGGCCUUGUUUGACAAAAAAGCUGUAUUUCAAGAAAUAGAAAACUCUGGACCAGAAAUAACCCGGGCCAAUGAACCAAAAAAGCCUCUGAAGUACAGACAUGAUGAAAAUGUACUUGAAACCAAAAAGUCAGUUCUCCAGCAGAUCAAAGUACCAAAUGGACAUGGCACGUCUCAGUUAUUUGUUACAGAUACAGGGCUAGUUGUUCCUAGUAUUUCACCAGACUUAAGAAGUCGUUUAUUUUCUACUGCUGAGAAGUUUGGGUUUACUCAAGAAAGACAGAUAGAAAUGGUUGGACGUUCAGCUAGUGAAAUGGUUCUACAGCUUCUUGGAGGCCCACACAGAUUAAAUCCAAACAAUGGGCAUCAGGUGCCUACAGUAGUGCUAUUAUGUGGUCCACACCUUCAGGGAACUCAGGCCAUUAACUGUGCCAGACAUCUGUCCAACCAUAACGUCAAUGUCUAUCUAGUCCUGCCAAACUUUAUCAAAAUGAACAAAUAUAUGGAGGAGGAACUUAAGCUGUUUGCUUUCUGUGAUGGCAACAGGAUCUCAAAUCUCAAAGAUCUCCCAUUAGGAUCAGUUGACAUUAUCAUUAAUGCAUUAGACAAUCAGGAAACACCAAAUCUCAAAGAUCAAGUCUGGUACAAGACCUUAGUAGAAUGGGCCAACCAAAACAGGGCUCCUGUGUUAGCUAUGGACCCACCAGUAGAAUCCAACUCAGUCAGAGCUAAAUGGUGUUUAAGUAUUGGACUUCCUUUAAACAUGGCCAUGCAGUCAUCACAAUUAUACUUAUGUGAUCUUGGCUUCUCAAAGAAAGUCUUCGCAGAAGUUGGAAUCAAAUACUUGUCACCAUUCUCACACAAGUUCACUAUUCCUCUCCAUCCUAAAGAGUAGCUUCCUAGCUUUACAUCAUUCAUCGUGAAAAAACCAUUAUAUUUUACAUUAUAAUGUCAUUGUGCUGUUUAAAACAUUCCUAACACUUUGAUGCCAAAAAAGUGUCUCUUUGAUUUCAUUAGAGACAUAGCCAGAAAACAGAUUGCAAGCAGCAAUUGAUGGUGUUCUAUUGAAUUGUAUUUUAUUUUUUGGUGUUUACUAAAGUGCUUUCAUAAUGUUGUUUAUUUCUACUAUAAUGUGGAGCUGUAUCCACUUUUGACAUUAGUAUGUAUUCUACGACAGAUUUGUUCCAUGAAUUCCAUAUCAAAUGUUCGUACUGACAUUCUUGGUAUUGAAGUGUUUUAACUUUACAAUUUUUGGUGAAACAUAUUUAUUGUGUGCCAAUAUUGAGAGACUGACCUAACUUGCAGUAUGAUGUGAAACGGACAACCAUUUAUAUUUUUAGACCAGAAAUAGAUACGUUUAGAUGUAUACUGGUUUCACAGAUAUGCUAAUAACUUGUAUAGAAUGGAAUAAGAAAUUAUCAAUGGUUCAAUUGUCAUACUAGACUAAAUUGAUGUUCUACAUUUCAUGUACUUUUGUUAUUGUGCUUAAUUAUGCCUUUAUGAGAUUGCAGAAAUGAAAAGUUAAAUGAAAGAUUUUAUAAGAAAGAUAAACUUAAUAAUGAGAACAUGAGUGUAAGAAGAAAGAAAAAAACUGCAUGGAAAAUCUGUGAUAAAAAUACUGAAGAAUGAAGGAAGAUUUGGAAGAAGUCAAAAAAAAGAAGAGAAAGAAUGCAAAAAAGAUCAGUUUUAUAAAGAACAAAGAAGUAAACAAACGAAUAGAAUAUAUCAGAAAUAAACAUACAAGAUUUAAUUCUUUAGUGAUAUGGACAUUAGAAGAAUCAAAACAAAGGAAAUGGACCUUUAUAUAUUUGUGUGUGCUUUUUUUUGGUGCUCAGUGGACUGUGCCCACUUGUUUUGUGUUCCUUAGGUUUUUAUCAUUUUGUCAUGCAUUGUUGAUCUCAAUGUGAUAGCUAGGGUGUGCAAUAUCAUGACAAAAAUGGCAGCUAGCCUUGGGAACUGCAGAUUUUAUCACACAUAUCUCCAUCAUAAUUACUUUGUUUAUUUUUAUGAAUUGUUUAUGUCCGAAUGUGUGCCAGUAUUAUUUGUGAUAUUUUGUUUGUAAAUAUACUUUCAUUUCUUUUUAAACAUUGAUAAGGUUUGAACAUUUAUUUUAAUGAAGAGAAAUGUAUAUAGGGUUAUCUACUUAACCAUUUGAUUGAUUAGGAAUCUUUUUAAAUAAACAAAUCAAGUGAUUUUGCAGAAUUUUGGUUUCAAUUGUCAUUUUCAAUUUUUACUUUUUAUAUCAAGGAAUUAUUUGGAAAAUUUGAAAAAUUUGGUUCACUAACUAUAUUUGAACUGAUUGGUACAGUAGUGUGCCCAGACAAAAUAUCACUGAACAUGAACAUAUAUAAUCAUCUUGGAGUUCUAUUCCGACAAAAAACAUAGACAAUACGAUUAAUUUCAGAAGUUCAUAUAUUUUGUUUGAUUGGAUUAAAAUGUUGAACCUCAAAUUACUUUUGCUAGUAAAACACUAAAAUUAUCAGCAUUUUAUUUUAUAUUAAGUUGACUAAUGAAUGUCUGUAUGUCAGUGUUUGUGUGUUGUACUUCAUGUGUAUAUAAUCAUACUCAUUAUACAUUGAUUCAUUACUGUGUGUAUCGAUGGAAUGAAUCUUCGGACAUUAUUUUGUUGUAAAUACUGGUUAUGGUGAGUGUAUGUAAAUACAGUUCUUAUAUUAUUUUCAAAAUAGUCAAAUAUUGCAUUCAAGGUUGACAAAUUGUUUUAGAAUCCUGUUGUUGUAUGAUUACAUAACAUAUUUAACAACAUUAUUUACAAAGAUGCUUGAAGAGGUUGUGUAACCCCUUUCUUGAAAGAUUGGGAAAUUUUAAGUCUGACCUGGUCAGUAAAACUUAAUCUAAAGAAUAUGAAAAUAUCAAGUUAAUUGACCAGUAAACUAAUUUACACCUGACAUACGUAAGCAUUUGGCAGUUGAUGUUUUAAUUUUAUUCUGCAAAAUACAUCUGAAGCAUUUUCAUGUAUAUUAUAAAGCAAAUGUGAGUGAAUUUCUUUCACAAAGAAAAGAAGAUAUUGCAUAGAAAUUAAAAAUUGAAUUUAUUUGACUAUUUUGUAGAUAUAUCAUCAGUUUGCUAAUUUGAUGUACAUAUAUAUAUAUAUAUAUAUAUAUCUUGAAGUAUUUUUUUAUCAUUUUGUGUUGAUCCAUUAAUUUGUAUAUUGUUGUUGUUGAACAUGCUCAAGGGACAUAACCACUGCUAGUCAAGUGUCAAACCUAUGAUGCAUGGACACUGCCAUUUUGUGUAAGAGUAUUGUGAGAAAUACAACAAAGCCACCUCAGUUGUCAUGACAAUUGCAUUAUGUAUAUUUCAUGCAAAUCUACCAUUAUGUCCUUCAUUAUCUCAAUGAAAAUAAGAUAAUCUUCAUCAGCUAUUCUGCUUUAGUACGAAGUGACUGAAUAUUUUUAGUCUUGUUUUGGAUAUUCAAAGUGAUGUUAUCUAUUUAUCAAGUUGUUUAAAAGUUGCUUGUGUGGUCGAAAUCUGAGUAGUUAUUAAUGUGUCAAUAAAAGAGAAUUUUUAUCAAAAAUAUUCGAUAGGAAAUGGGCCUAUGACACGAAGAGGUCCAUUACUUUAUGAUUGAAACACCAAGCAGUUCUUACUAUGUUGCUUUGGGUCUUUUCUAAACAGGUCUGACUGAUGUCUUUCAUUAGUGUUAUGUAUUUCAUAUGGAACAAGCAAUUUGAAAUCACUGCAAUGUUUAACUUCUGGAAUGAUAAUACCUACCAUUAAAACAAGCAAAAGGAUUAGGAUCUUUUUCUAGUCCAGGCAUUAAGUGGCAUCUAUAUUUUAAGGGUUUAUCAUUUUUCCGAGAUUAGAUAAAAUAGUCAUGAUAUUACAUUAUAUUGCCUGAGGUUGUAUUUUUUUGGUAUAAAUGAGGUGUAUCAGUAUUCAGUACUUACAAAUGGCAUAUUUUUAUAUUCAGCAACCCCUUUGUUGACUAUUUGUGUUAUAUAUUACAAUAUGUUUGACCUAUUAUUGAUAAUGAGUGCUUUAUGAACCAACAUUCGUCAUUGUGAUAUUGUGUAUACAUGUAUUUCAUUGCAUUAAAGGCCACACGAAAUAUUAAAAGAGACAAAUUUUGUCUUUUAUAUUUUAAAGUUUAUUUAUAAUGAAAUAGCAGUAUCAAGUUUGGUUGACUUAAAUAUAUUUAGACAGUUUACCAUAGGUGUUGGAAAUUUUAUCAUAUUUGUGUUUCAAGAAUCAAAUGUACAUCCACACUAUGUUGGCAAAAACAUAUUAUAUGCUUAUUAAAUGCACAUUGACUUAUUUUUCACAGUGAUUAAGCUGCCUAUUCUGAUAUAGAAAUAUAUGAUAAGUGCUUUGAAUGAAUAUCAAUAAUUCAGCUUGCAAACCAUUAUUGAAACAUGUUUAAAUGUACGAAGGAAUACAAAAUAAUUGAGAUGUUUUUCUUAAUUGAUAAAACAUGUGCUAUUAUUUGAUAAAUUGACCAAACUUGAUACUUCAUUGGACCAAUACAUAGGUGUGUUACUACAUUCUUGAUGUGUAUCAGGGUCAUAUAUUAUAUGCUGUGUGUCGUGUAGUUUUCAUCUGUAUUUUAUGUCUCAACUACCAAAAAAAUUGUCGAAAAAAAAAUAAACCAAAAAAAAUGUUGAGAUUUUAAGUACAGUUGAGAACUAUCAAGGCAAUUACUUUGUUAAAAUUAUUUAUUGUUAAGUAUGAAUGAAAAGAGUCCCGUAAAUUAUGUUUACAAAAGAAUUUUAUUGUGUAAAUGUAAUUACGCUUGAUAACAUGUUGAAUUGUUGGUGCAAAUGUUUCUUUUACAUUUUAACAAAAAACAGAAACAGUCCUGAGAUUUUGUUGACUUUUUGUCCCUCAAUAUUUUUCAAUGAAAAGUUAGUUAUUAUAGCUAUAUGUAAAUGUGGGAGUACAGUAUUUAAAACAGUUUUUAUUUCUUUAGAUAGUCCCUUAUAUGUUUUAGUGCCUUUAUUAUAGGAAACAUUGGGUAUUAUUCUCACUGACUGUUAAAGAUGCAAUAUGUUAGUCUAGACUUUAUUUGAGGAGAAAAUACGAAAUAUUUCAUUUAAAAAAAAAAUCAAAACUUAAACAUAAAAGUCUUAAUUUUUUUUCAUAUUCAAUAUGACCUCCCACAUCUAACAAAAAUGUCUGGAUCUACAGGCAUUUAAAAUACAGGGACAUUGAUUAUUUGUUGACUAUAUUUUUAUUAUUUAUGAUAUUGUAUGUAUGACUGUAUGUCCAUAAAUGAGUGAAAGUGCAGCUAUUAUAAAAUCCAUUGCCUUACAAAGGUUUCUAGGUUAACAAGUGAAUGUAAGAGUUGGAGGUAUAGUCGAGUUCAGAGUACAGAAAAGUGUAAAAUUUAAGAUUUAAUUUAUUGUCUGAUUAUUCAAAAAAGAAGUCAAUAGAUUUCUUCUUAUAUAUCUUAAUCUCAUAUCAUAGUUAUUUGAAAGCAGAAAAGAUAGUUUUAUUAAGCUGAAAGUAAAAAUCAAAUGAAGGGAAAGAAAUCUUGGGAAAAAUAAGUGAUUUUUUAAAAUGUUUUUACUAUACAUUAUAUAGCUUGAUGAUAUGAGAUUGUUAAUGCUAGAAAACUUUCUGUAAAGAUAAUUGACCAACUCAGGGGUAGAAUAAUCAGCUCAGUGAAAUAAUAAUGAGAGCAGAGUUAUUGGGAGAUUUUUGAAAGUAUAUUAUUGUUUGUUAUGAAUGGGAAAAGUGAUUUUUUUUUAUUUUAUAUUUUAAAACAUUAUUUGAGGGGCAUUUUUAUGAAAUAAUCAUGAGUUAAAACUAUCAGUGCAUUUGACAGUCAUCAUAUAGUCUAGUCAUAAACAUUUUGAAACAUUUUUUAUUUGUCUGCCAGCCAUUCUUAACUCUUUAAAUGUAAGUGGUUUUUUUUUUAAAUUCUCGUAAUAAUGUGCUGGUUAAAAAAACAUAAUUUACUUUGACAGUGGUUGCUAAGUAUUAGAAAUAAAAAUCAAUUCUGAUAUGUCAUGAACAAUUUGUAGAAUUGUUGAUUUAAAAUUUGAUAUAUAUGGGACUCCAACUCACUUUCUAUUAAGAUAUUGGGCAUACUAUAAAAUUACUUUUAAGCUUAUCAUGCACUAUUUUCAUAAACAAUAAACUAUAUAAAGAUAGAAAUUAAGCAAUCAUUUUAUGUGAUGGGUCCACAGAUGUAUCAGAAAUCAUAGCAUGAAGCCAGAAGGAUUUUUGUCAUUAAAGAUUAAAUUUAAAUUUAAGAAUAUGAGAAAUUUGAAUCUCCAUUGACUUCAUGUUCUUUUACAAGCCAUCUUAAAAAUGCUUCAACAUGUUUUCAGUGUGACCUUUGAAAAUAUAAUGGAGCCAGACAAAGUUUAUAUUAGGUUUCACUGUUAUUAUGCUAAAAGAUAUUUGGGAAAUGCUUUGACAAAAUGUGAGACAUCAUUUGAGAAGGGGUUGGGAUAAGGUGUGUAUGGGGGGAUGAAAUGGGACAAAUUGGAUUUUGAUUUUAAGUGUCUUUACCAUUUAAAUUUACAUACAGCUAUUGUUAAAUGGAACUUCUUGAAUUUGAAGGGGGAAAUCAUUUGGAAAGAAGAGUUAAAAAAAGCACACAGAAUAACUUUAAAUAGAAAAUAUUCUAAAAUAAAUAAGAAGUGAUCGAAACCACAGCAAAAGGUUUUCUUUUUAAAUUAUAAAUAUGAACAAUUUUGAUUUUAAACAACCUGUUUGCUGAUGGUGAGGGUAGGAGGGGGGACUGAUAUGUUUCUUUUUCAGAAAUAAUGAGAAUAGCUCUAUUAGAACUUUGUGAUUUUAUAUUUAAUUUUGGAAAAAAUGGCUUUUAUUUUUUAGAUAGAGUUGAAAAAUAGUCAGCCUUUAAAGUAUUUUAAAUUUGUUUCUUCAGCAAUAGAUGUUUAGAAACAUUUUGAUCUUUCAGUAAAAUAUUAAGAAAAAAUAAAUACUGUAAUGAAGGAAAACUGAUGCAUUAGAGAAAAGUGAACUAAUUAAUAAGUAAAAAAGUACUUGCUGUUUUGUUGAAGUCAGAAAUUAUGUAGGAGUUCUGCAUUCUUUUAAAAUAAAGAUCCUCGUUUUUAAUACUAAUAAGUAUGCAAACAUUAUUGGAAUAAUUAAAACAUUUUUUAUACUAUUAUUAAAUGCACUGAUUAUGGUGCUUUGUAUCUAUAGAGAAUUUGUUGUUGUAUCUGUAUCUGUACUUUUCUUUUAUUCAAUUUAUAAUUUACUUUUCUUUGUAAAUAAACUUUCUAAAAAAAUAUCAAAUAAUAAUAAAAUUGAAAAAAGACUUGCGAAAAACAUUGUGAAAUUUAAAAGGAAUUGCUAAUUGUUUUUAUAUUUAGAACAGGGUAUUUUCUGAACUAUGAUUUGUGGGUGAAAUUUUUCAGGUUUAGUAGUCAUGGUAGUUCUAAAAAUAAAAGUUAAUAAUCUGAAGAGUAUAUUAUAAUUUAUUUUUUUCUUAAUUUCUCGAAGCUUUUAUAAUCUUAUUUUAUUGUCAUAUUUUAAAGAAAUUUUAAUAUAACAUUUUACUUGAUAUAAAGUUGUUAAAAUAUGUUGUUUGUUAGUAUUAUUCUUAUAAGUAAUAAUUGUUUUGAGACCUGUGUGUUUCAUUUUUAUGUAUUUAAAUUUGUCAUUGGUCUCAAUGUACUAAAUGUUAUAAAAGGUGUUAACAUAAUAAUUAUCAAAUGUCAUCAAUAUGCUGGGUUCACACGUACACGUAUAUACUGGUGUUCAUUGAAUAAGUAUCAAAUGAGUAUAUAACAAAUGCUAUGUCCACACAUUCCAGCCAGUCAGUAGAUAUUACAUAAUGCUAAUUGAAUAAAAAAUAUGACUGAAAAUAAUUAUAUAUUUCUGGGUUCACACACAAUACACAUUUGACACAUUUUCGACUAAAUUGCUUUCGUCAAUGAACAUUUAUUGUGUGUUAUGUGUGAACGCAGCAUUGGUACCUCCUCUUAAGAGAAGACAAUAAUUUGUUUUUAUGUGAGAAUUGUAACACAUUAAGAUUUUACUAGCUAUGUAGAAUUUAAAACACCAACACAGUGUACUCGUUCAGUCAUAUUUAAAUAAUGUAAAUUCAGAAAUUUUUGUGAUGUUUUAUUGGUGUUUUUAUUGUAAUAGGAUAGGUUUUGCAAAAAAAAAAAAUUGCAGUAAGAAUUUUCUGAAAUUUCAAUGAUUAAUCUCACAUUGCUGUCCAAUUUUCAACAAUUGCAAUUAUACAUGUAUGCAAACUUUCUGAAUUUACAGUUACUUUGAAUAUCACAUUUUCAGUUCUUACAUUUAUCUGCAAUAAAACUUGUUUUGUAUCUGUCACUUUAUUGGCAUGUUUUAUAUGAUUAUACAUCUUAAACCUUAAUUUAACAAUAAGAAUAUUUUUCAGCUUUUUUAAGAAAGGUGAUUUAUUCUGUAUCAUAAAGAACAAGUUGACAGCUUCUUAAAAGCAUUGUGUCUUUGAAAUGAAAAGUAGUAAGUCAAAUUUUAUGACUUUAACAUAUGCUGGACAAAUUGUUUAUUACCAGGUUGUUAAAUGACUUUUAUUUUACAACUUGCUAUGUUUCAAUCAAGUUUUCAAAUAAAAACCAUCAGCUAAACAGAGUUAAAGACUUAUUGAUUCUAUAUUGUUGAUGGUCUAACUUUUAUUUGUAAACUUCAGUUUCAUUAAAUUCUGUUUAGGUAUUGGUUAUAUAGCAGAUUACUUUACUUAAUGCAUGUGUGUAUAGUAUUUAUGAUUUGAUAGCAGAAAAUAUGUGAAAAAAACAAAACAUUACCGUACUAUCAGAAAGACCUUUGAAUAGAAUUAAACAGAAAUAUGUGAUAAAAAACAUUAAUUUCAUAUACCAUACUAUCAUGAAUACCUUUGGAUAGAAUUAAACAGAAAUAUGUGAUAAAAACAAUAAUUUCAAAUACCAUACUAUCAGGAAAUAGAAUUAUUUUAUAGAUGUUGGUUGUAAUAUGUAUGUUCUUUUUAAACAAAACUUUGUUAAAAUCCAUUCCUAAUUAUAGACAAAUGCAGACAAGACUGAACUUUCUUUUUAUUGUCAGUGAUAUGAUAAAGUGGUGCAUUAUAUCUGUACUUCAGAUGGAAGUAAUAUUUGUUAUGAUUUACACAAAACUUGUUAUAACAUUCAAGUAUUUUAACAAUUUUAUGCAAGUAUAAUUUAUUUUAUUGCUUUUACCUAUUUUUCUUAUGUUAUUUGUUUUAGUAUAUUAUUGUACGGAGAUGUGUAAACACCACCAUGUUUUGUUGACAAUAGUUUGUUAUGGUCAUUUGUAUGUAAUGCUUAUUAUAUAUAUUAUUAAGUCUUAAAAAUUUAAGUUUCAAGUAAUUAUAGAAUGAGAUAUGAUUUAAAGAUAAAUGUAACAUCUUUGACUGUAAGCAAGAACUGGUGAAAACAAUUUAUGAUUUUUAAAUGAACAAGUAUUGUCAACAUAAUUUGGGUUUGAGGCAUUGAAUUUUCUCGUUAUUAAGUUUAUUGAGCACUGAGUAUUUGAUUAUUCCGAAUAUAACGUUACAUAGUGGAUGUAUAAAUUCAGAGUCACCUAUGUCUUUCUAAAUAGUUACUAUAAAUCUGAUAUUUUGGAAAAAAUCCUUUAUUAUGUUUAGGUCUUUUAAACACAAAAAAAAACUCUCAAAAUUGAGACCUUAUUGGAAUUACAUAAAUUAAUGACAUAUAUAUACAAUGCAUAAAUUAUAGUCAGAUGAUAUCUAUUGAUUUCAGUGCCCUAUUAAUUACAUAAUGAGAAAAAGAGCCUCAUAUGCUAGUGUUUGUACUUCUCUGGAAAUAUUUAAUGUUUUGUAGUGAUAAAAGACGUAGAGAAAUAAAUAAAAUUAAAUGAAA